CAUGAAUAUGCGUGUCUUAUAUUUUAGUUUUUAUUGCAUUUUUAUAAAAUAAAACCUAUUGAUGAAUCCUUUGAUUCACUUAAAAUUUUAUUUAUUGUAAGUUAGAAAAAUUUUAUAUCAACUUAAUCAAGUUCUUUAUAUAUUUUAUUAGUUGAAAUAAUGUGGUUACUCAAAAAUACCUUCGGAAUUAUUACACUUCAAGUUGGUAUAAUUUCCUUCAGUUCAGUUUUUAUCACUUUGGCAGCAUGUAUUUUACUAGUUAACGUGUUGUCUCUAGAUAAAGAAGAACCAAUGGCCUGGAUUAUCAUGUUUGCAUUUAUAUUUACUAUGAUCAUAAUAUGGUCGAUUGCUUUUGUUGGUGCUUAUCGAGAAGAAAAAAAUGUAAUUUAUACAGCUACGAUAUUUUGGGCAGUAUAUUUCAUACUAUGGAAUGUAUUAGUCAUAUUUUCAUUUACUCAACAAAACAAGAACGUUUGUAUUGGAGCUAGAUGUCCAAAUGCGUUGUGGCUAAUAAACAAUUCAUGGUAUGAAUACAGUGCGAAUGAAAAAAUUAAAUUAAAUAAUUAUAAAAGAUUAGAAUUGACUAAAGAAAAAAGGUUAAUCGAACAAAUGAAAACAUAUAAUGAAGGAAAUAGUAAAUUAAAUAAGGUGACAUAUGGAAUAUAUCAACGAAAUUUAAUUGUAUCCAUAAUAUUAAUAGUUUUGUAUACAAUUAUAUUACUAUAUUCAUGGAUGAUUUUAAUCAGUUAUCCUAAAGAAAUUCAGCGCAAGAUAAAUUCACAAACACAAUAAAUAACAUUUUUUUUUUUAAUUAAUUUUUAAUAUUGUAAUAUAUUAUUUCA